GAGUAAUUAAUGAAGACACCAAAUCCAAAAGCAAAGGUGGGGGCACUCACACUCACACACACACUAGACUAGAAUUAUAGUAGUAGAAUAGUAGAAAGAUCCCCAGCCCGGAGAGACAGUAAUAAUAAGUAGAGUGAGGGAGCAACGAUGCUAUCUCUGAUCUCUCUGAGUGUGAGAGAGAGAGAGAGACCGUGUUUGUUCAUGUGCUUUUGAGUUGUGUGUGUCAGCAUUAGAUCCAAUCUCUCUCUCUCUCUCUCUCCCAAUUCAACCCUAACUAGCCCCAAACCCAUCGCUCUCUCCCGAUUCCCCUCCCUUUCAUAAUUGAUGCACCUCGAUCUCCUCACUCACUCGCCAAAUUUCCACAAUUCUAAAAGCAAAAACAUCACUCUCUGCUCCAAAUCUUCCUCCGCCAUCACUGAUUUGAAUCCAGCUUCGCCAAGAAAGGUUUUUGGAGCAAUAACCGAUCCCAAUCUUAAAAUCGAUUUGAUUUUUGCUUUUUCCUUUUUCCUUCUUGCGUCUAUUACAGUGAUGACAGUAGCAGCAUAGAGAGAGAGAGAGAGAGAGAACAGAUGGAGGAUAUAUCGAAAUACGCGCACAGUCCUGCACACGUGGCAGUGGCGAGACGCGACCACGCCGCGCUGCGCCAUCUCGUGUCCACCAUCCCUCGGCUCGCGAAAGCCGGGGAGGUCAACACCGAAGCCGAAUCCCUCGCCGCGGAGCUCAAAGCCGACGAGGUAUCAACGGUCAUCGACCGGCGCGACGUUCCUGGAAGAGAAACCCCUCUCCACCUUGCGGUGCGCCUCAGGGAUGUCGUCUCCGCCGAGAUUCUAAUGACCGCCGGCGCCGACUGGAGCCUCCAGAACGAGCACGGCUGGAGCGCGCUCCAGGAAGCCGUGUGCACCAGAGAGGAAGCCAUCGCCGUCAUCAUCGCGCGCCACUACCAGCCUCUGGCGUGGGCGAAGUGGUGCCGCAGGCUCCCCCGCAUUGUCGCCUCCGCCGCUAGAAUCCGUGACUUCUACAUGGAGAUUUCUUUCCAUUUCGAGAGCUCCGUUAUUCCCUUCAUCGGCCGCAUUGCGCCUUCCGACACUUACCGCAUUUGGAAGCGCGGCUCUAACCUCCGCGCCGAUAUGACCCUCGCCGGAUUCGACGGCUUCCGCAUACAGCGUUCCGAUCAAACUUUUCUGUUCCUCGGAGAGGGUUAUGCCUCUGAGGAUGGGAAGUUGAACCUCCCACCGGGUUCUUUGCUUGCUCUUGCUCAUAAGGAGAAGGAAGUUACGAAUGCUUUGGAGGGAGCGGGUACGCAGCCUACUGAAGCUGAGGUUAAUCAUGAGGUUUCUUUGAUGUCUCAGACUAAUAUGUAUAGGCCUGGGAUUGAUGUUACUCAGGCAGAGCUUGUUCCGCAUUUGAAUUGGCGGCGGCAGGAGAAGACCGAGAUUGUGGGGAAUUGGAAGGCUAGGGUUUAUGACAUGCUUCAUGUGAUGGUGAGUGUGAAGUCCAGGAGGGUGCCCGGGGCAAUGACCGAUGAGGAGCUUUUUGCUGUGGAUGAUGGGGAGAGUAUGGUGAAUGGAGACAACAAUGAUGAUCAGUAUGAUGAUGUGUUGACUGCUGAGGAGAGGAUGCAACUGGAUUCCGCGCUUCGAAUGGGGAAUUCUGAUGCUAUUUGUCAAGAUGAGGAGCCUGGAGGAGGGUUUGAUGGGCAUGAGAAUGGUUCCAAUGGUGGUGGGGUUAAAGAGAAGAAGGUAUGGUUUGGUUGGAACAAGAAAAACAUGAAGGGUGGUGACGAGCCUGAGGAUUUGAAAACCACGAAGAAGUUUUCGGGUGAUCAGCAGAAGCCGCAGCCGCAAUCUGAGUUUGUGAAGGAGGAUCCCGCGGAAACAAAGAAGGGGAAGGAUAAAAACAUUAGAAGGAAAAAGAAGAAAGGAGGAAUUAAUGAGUCUAAGAAUGAGAGUGAGUUCAAGAAGGGCUUGAGACCUGUCCUGUGGUUGACACCGGACUUUCCUUUGAAAACAGAUGAGCUUCUGCCUCUGCUUGACAUCUUAGCAAACAAGGUUAAGGCUAUUAGGAGACUCAGAGAACUUUUGACAACUAAACUUCCUCUUGGAACCUUUCCUGUUAAGGUAGCUAUCCCUAUAGUCCCUACCAUACGGGUCCUUGUCACUUUUACAAAAUUUGAAGAUCUUCAGCCAGCAGAGGAGUUUUCAACUCCACCCUCCAGCCCAGCAUACUUCCAGGAUGCCAAAUCCAAGGAAUCAGAAGGGUCUACGUCAUGGAUUUCAUGGAUGAAAGGAAGUCGUGGUACGCAGUCCAGUGAUUCUGAUAGUCAUAAAUUUAAGGAUGAAAUGGACCCUUUCAGUAUACCUUCGGACUACAAAUGGGUAGAUGCCAAUGAGAGGAAACGCCGUAUGAAGGCAAAGAGAGCCAAAAGUAAGAAACAUAAGAAGCAGACAGUUGCUAAAGGAGGAGAUGGAAUGCAACUAGGGAGUGACGAUGUGGAAGAAUACUAAUAGCAUGUUAUCUCUGUAAUUGCUGCUUUUGUUAAUCGUUGUCAGAGACAAAGUGUAAGAGUCAUUGUGCACAGCUGACUUUACUUUUCACAUUGGAUCAUCUAGCCAAGAAUUUACUUGAAGCUUUUUGGGCGAUCGAUUGUUACUCUUUAAGAAAAGGGUGCCACUAUGUUUUUCCCCUUUCGCGAUGUUGGAUUAUGAAGACUUUGCGUCAUCUGGAAAUAAUUGUAUUGUCAUUUGAAGAGAAAGCGAAGAGAAAGAUAUAGCCUUCAUUUACUUGACUUCAUUCUGAUUUUGCCCAAGAUACAUUACCUGUAUUUGUAUGUACAUCUGUAUCUCUGAUUGUUGGUUUUGCAUUUUUGUGAGUGGUAUUUGUGUUUUCAUUGUUCGUUCAUGAAGUUUUUGGCUAUUCUUUUGAACUGACUUUGGCCUAGCGAAAUUUGUUGAAAUAUGUAUCUACAUCAUUGAAUACAAGGAACUUCUUUCUUUUUUCACUUUUAA